CCAGUGGUCUCUUGGAGGCCAUUUACCCGUUCCCAGCGUCGUGGCUGUGCGCUGACGUGCGCCCUUCGGACAAAGUAUGUUUGUCCUACACUCUGGCGCGCCUCUUCUUCAACUUCGGCGGUCCAGUUCCGGCCAACCCAGUCGCUGGAAGCGAGUUCUAACAGCUUAUUCCCUUCCAAUCCAAAACCCUAUCCAAUUAAAUAAAGCUAGUAGUCUCUGUACUGUCACUGCCAGAGCGAGUCCACGCCGGGGCACCAAAACCCCGAAUUUGCGAACCCAGAUUGAGGAAGAGGAUGAUGGAUUCGAUGAUGUUGAGGGCGGCGAGGGUGGGUUUCAGUUCAGGGGAAGAGAAGAAGAGAGGGAUUAUGAUAGGGACCCUGAAUUUGCCGAAAUCCUUGGGAACUUUCUUGAUGAUCCUGAUAAAGCGAGGUCCAAAAUGGAGGAGAGAUUGAGGAGGAAAAGGAACAAUAUCUUACACACAAAAAUGGGUUCGGCAACCCCAAUGAAAGUAAAGUUCAACAAAUUUGCUUUCUCAAACUCAUAUAUAUGGUUUGAAUUCUACAACAUUCCACUGGAGAAAGAUGUUACCUUAAUCUGUGAUACAAUUCGCUCAUGGUACAUUGUCGGACGUCUUGGUGGAUGCAAUUCCAUGAAUAUGCAAUUAUCACAAUCCCCUUUGGAUAAAAGACCAAGUUAUGAUGCUGUUCAAGGAGCAAAUGUUACUCCAACUACAUUCUAUAACAUUGGAGAUCUGGAGAUUCAGGACAACUUAGCACGAAUAUGGGUGGAUAUUGGAACCAGUGAGCCAUUACUCUUGGAUGCUUUAAUAAAUGCAUUUACACAGAUAAGCUCUGACUAUGUUGGAAUCAAGCAAAUUGUGUUUGGUGGAUCUGAAUUUGAGAACUGGAGGGAGGAUUUCACAUCAGAAGAUGCAGGUUACACUGUCCACAAAAUUUAGGGAACUCUACUUGGAGUCAACAUAAUGCUGCUUCUUUCUGCUUCAUCUGUAAAAUCCUAAACAAUCAAAGAUGGGUAUAGAGCUAAGGAAACUGUCCUUCUGUCAAUUUUCCAAAUAGCACGUGUAAUAGGAACUAGCAAUUAGGAUUCUUGAUGCAGUGUACUUUUAUUAAGACUUUUUACUACUAUUGUAGGUCGAAUUAGUUUUAGGUGUUUUAUA